AUGUUUGCUGCUACAACAGCAACAGCAUCAGCAUCGGCAUCAGUGCCUUAUAUCCCGCCCUCGUUCGGUCAACCAGGCGUGAGUAUAUCCUACCGACCCAAACAGCUUUCCUCUUCUUCACACCAAGCUACGCCUCUCCCCAUCAUCACCGUCGCUGUUCCGCCCGCCUCGAUCCACCACAUCUUUGCGCACCGUCAAUGGCGAGCUGGCAUGCUCAUGAGCGACGCCCUCUUCUCUGGUGCUUUUCCUGUCUCUGAUCGUACCAUCCUCGAGCUGGGAGCAGGGACAGGACUGCCCUCGAUCACAGCCGCACUCAUCGGCACGGCCAAUGUCGUCGUUGCGAGCGACUACGACGAGCCACAGCUGGUCAAAGAGUUGAGGGACAACGUCAAGUACAAUCUGCAGGGUAUUUCGGACGAGCAGAGGCGCAAGUGCAAAGUCGUCGGGCAUAUAUGGGGCAAAGAUACCGAAGAAUUGCAGGACUGCCUGCCAAGAGGCGUGACCAAGUUCGACUCGAUCCUGCUUGCCGACUGUAUGUGGGAUCCGCUCAGCCAUGCCGAUCUGCUCAAGUCUGUUCUCAAGGUUUUAGCGCAGGACAAGGGCGCGAGGGUCAACGUGAUCGCAGGCCUGCACACGGGGCGAGAGAAGGUCACCUCGUUCAUUCGCAGAGCAUACCGCGCCGGUCUCCGGCUCGCACCUCUGGAACAACCCGACACCUGGCCAUCACUUGCAGCGGAUACAUAUGAGGAAGCGGAUCCAGAUGCGGAAAGAGCGGGUAACGAAGCAUUCCUUCACGCCCAAGAUCGCAUUCUCGAGCUCGAAGUGUGCGGCAACACGCCCAUCCAGCAAUCCCAUACCAGCGCAGAUUCGAGCACCAAUGACGACGAACCGAGAUUGACCGGCAACAGGCGCAAGUUCCUCAUCGAAGGGUACGGCGAGGAGAUGGAGGGCGACGUCAAGCUUCGGAAUCGUUGGCUGACUGUUUGGAGUCUCGAAUGGGCAACCCCGUAA